UCGAGAAGUUUCGAACCCACCCGUUCUCUCCUCGCAUUGUUCCGGAACUUUCGAAAUCUCGAGUACUAUAUUAUUAUUAUCUUUAUCUUAUUUUAAUCAAUUUAGUAUCGUCACUAACUUUCUCACUCUUCUUCUUAUUUAAGCCACCUCGCAUCGGUUACGUGGAGAUUACCUUCCUUCCUUUCCCUCUUCUCUACCCAACUGCCAUCAACGAACUUAAACCGGGCAGCCGCAAAAGAUUCAUUCUCCUCUAGAUUUUAUCAAACCAACCCAAGUCGUUGAUCCAAGACUGUUGCCUUUUUUUUUUUUUCUAAUUUUCAAUUUGGGUUUCCAGAACUCGAUGAAUCCGUUCCAGCUCCAAGAAGGUGAUCCACCACCAUCACCACCAAAGCCAGUCGAAGGGUUGCACGAAGUCGGUCCGCCACCGUUUCUAAUCAAGACAUUCGAGAUUGUGGAGGAUCCAAACACAGACCACAUCGUAUCUUGGAACAGAGGAGGCGCUAGUUUUGUCGUUUGGGAUUUGCAUUCUUUCUCAACGUUUCUUCUCCCUCGACACUUCAAACACAGCAAUUUCUCGAGUUUCAUCAGACAACUCAAAACUUAUGUAUGUCCUUUCUCACUCUUCUUUCUUUUGUCGAUGUUGUCUGACCCAAGAAGAAAAUGAAAAAAAACAGAGUAAUGCUCUGUUUUUCUUUUGCUUUCCCAAAUGUUUUCCCCCUUCAUCUUAUUAUAUAGUUGCUGGAAAAGAAGUGAAGUAUUCUGGAUUCAUCGUUUACUUGGGUUUCAGAAAGAUAGAAUCGGAUAGAUGGGAAUUCGCAAACGAUGGGUUCUUGUUAGGACAGAGACAGUUACUGAAGAGCAUCAAGAGACGAGCUUCCUUCGGUUCUUCUCCAUCGACCCAUGAUCCUUGCACUGAGCUUCGUAGGGAGAAGCAGUUGUUAAUGAUGGAGCUGGUGUGUCUGAGACAGCAGCAACAAACCACGAGGAGCUACAUCAAAGCCAUGGAACAGAGAAUUGAAGGAGCAGAGAGGAAACAGAGACAGAUGAUGUCUUUCUUGGCUAGAGCUAUGCGGAGCCCUUCGUUUCUGCAUCAGCUGCUGAAGCAGAGAGAUAUGAGACUCAAGGAGCUUGAGGAUGAGGCGGCAGAGAGGGAAAGAGGUUCUUCGAUGUCGGAACUUGAAGCUCUUGCUUUGGAGAUGCAAGGCUAUGGGAAAGAGAGGAAUGUGAAGGAAGAAGAAGAUAUGGUGGUCGAGAGAGAAUUGGAUGAUGGUUUCUGGGAAGAGUUGCUUAGUAAUGAGAGUUUGGCUUCUACUUCUAGCUAGUAGAUGGAUGCUUUUAGCUUCUAGUUGUACUGGUGAAGCUUUUAUUUUCAUCUCUUGCAAACGCCCUUUUUUCUUUGUAUCUUUGUUUAUUUCCAGGCAUCUCUUUUCAGUUUUAAAUUAGUAAUAGUGUAAACUAGAGAACGUUAUAAUUCUUCAUGUAUAGAUAGAUAUAUGUAUAUGAAAUAUAUUUCUCACUAA